UCUCACGGCAGAGACCUCACGGGCCCCGUCCCCCCGCCGCCCGUGACGGGGCCGAGCCUCAGCGGCGCGCGGCGGCGGCGUCAGCGCUCGGCGCCGCCCGAAGGUCACACACCGGCCUCAAGAUGGCGGCGGCGGCGGCGGGCGGCUGCCGGAAAUGUCUCAUCAAUGGCAUAUGGCUUAUAUCUAGAAGAUAUCCAGUUCCUGCAGUCCACAGUGGUACCACGUAUAGAAUGAGCACGCCUCUUUUAGAGAUCAAUCAGUCUAGAUGUUAUUCUUCAGGAGGAAGAAAGGGUUUUAUAUCAGGUUUUGUGGAAAACAUCAAACAAGAAUUAGCAAAAAACAAAGAGAUGAAAGAAAGUAUUAAAAAGUUCCGAGAUGAAGCUAAAAAGCUAGAAGAAUCUGAUGCACUUCGAGAAGCAAGAAGGAAAUAUAAAACCAUUGAAUCUGAAACAGUGAAGACCUCAGAAGUGAUUAAAAAGAAGCUUGAAGAAAUCACUGGUACAGUUAAAGAGAGUUUGGAUGAAGUAAGUAAGAGUGAUAUUGGCCGGAAGAUAAAAGAAGGUGUGGAAGAAGCAGCAAAAACAGCAAAGCAGUCUGCAGAGUCGGUGACAAAAGGAGGGGAGAAAUUAGGCAAGACAGCAGCUUUCAAAGCUAUUUCUCAGGGAGUAGAAACCGUUAAGAAGGAAAUAGAUGAAAGUGUUUUAGGGCAGACUGGUCCUUACAAGCGUCCAGAGCGACUACGAAAAAGAACAGAAUUCUCAGGCGAGAGGAUUAAAGAGGAACGAGUAUUUGAAGCUAAUGAAGAGGCCAUGGGUAUGGUGCUGCAUAAGGACUCAAAAUGGUAUCAGCAGUGGAAAGAUUUCAAGGACAACAAUGUGGUGUUCAAUAGGUUCUUUGCAAUGAAAAUGAAGUAUGAUGAAAGUGAUAAUGCAUUCAUUCGAGCUUCCAGAGCUGUCACAGACAAAGUCACUGAUUUGAUAGGUGGAUUGUUCUCGAAGACUGAAAUGUCUGAGGUUUUGACAGAGAUACUCAAAGUGGAUCCCUCCUUUGACAAAGAUCGUUUUUUAAAGCAAUGCGAGCGUGAUAUAAUCCCCAAUGUCUUGGAGGCUAUGAUGUCUGGAGAGCUUGAGAUCCUCAAAGAUUGGUGCUACGAAGCAACUUACAGUCAGCUUGCUCAUCCAAUCCAGCAAGCCAAGGCCAUGGGUCUGCAGUUCCACUCCAGGAUUCUGGACAUUGACAACAUUGAUCUGGCUAUGGGGAAAAUGAUGGAGCAGGGACCAGUAUUAAUCAUCACUUUUCAAGCUCAGAUUGUGAUGGUAAUAAAGAAUCAGAAAGGGGAAGUGGUAGAAGGCGAUCCGGACAAGGUUCUGCGGAUGCUGUACGUAUGGGCACUGUGCAGAGACCAGGACGAGCUCAACCCCUAUGCUGCCUGGAGGUUAUUGGACAUUUCCUCAUCAAGCACUGAGCAAGUUCUCUGAGAAGAAUCACAUCUGAGAGCUUCCUGUCCCUCUCUUCGAGCAAUGCCGGUUCUGAAUUUGCACCAGUCUACUGCAUGAUGAUCUGCGGGGGAAAGAGGCUAGAUUGGUUCCUUUUCAGAAGAACAGGCUGUGAGGUGUGCCAUUGUUACGCCAAAUCCCAUCAUGAACUGGACGAGUCUGACACAUCUGCCUUACACUUUGCUGUGUAGCUGUUGCACUGUAAGGAUGUAGGGUAGAUUGUAAUGAGAGUGCUCUAAGACACUAGCAGCUGCUCUUGGCUCCUGUUUUAAUCGUGGCUGAAGGAGGCUGGUUUGGGUUCUGUGUAUUUCCCAGUGCUUCCAGUGAUACCCACAGAGGUGGGUAUUGAAGAACGGUGCAGUGAGGUGUGACAGGCCUGGUUGCAAUCUGCUGUCAUCCUCUGAUGGCCUUACAUCAACCCCGAAAAGAACUCAGAGGUGCUUUUAAGGCACCCUUGGUCUCAGCUAAUCCACAUCUCAUACCGAGUUGCACCAAUACCAGUAAGCCUUCUAUUGCUGUAGUGUCUUGUACCUCACCAAACCAAAUGCAAUCGGGUAUUUGCACAUGACUUGGAGUAGAACAGAGUCAGGAUGGAGCUGUUUGCAUCAUCAUACAUAAACGUCCACAGUUCUGCAGGGGGAAUAUC